CUGUGCUGUCAGCGUGAAAUCUCGUGAGAUCUCCUCUCCGCUCUGUCUCCUCUCCGUGUCAGCUGGCAAGGUUUCCAGGCUCUUUCUCAGCUAUUUAACCUUUUUUAAUAGGCUUUCAGUGCAUUACCUCAGUGGAUUAUUCCACACAACAGACUUACAGCUUUCUGGAUUGUUAAUUGGCUAGACGAAGCAAAACAUUGAAUCAUGGGUAAUAUUUUUGGCAAUCUGUUGAAGAGUCUGAUAGGAAAGAAAGAAAUGAGGAUUCUGAUGGUCGGAUUAGAUGCUGCGGGUAAAACCACCAUCCUGUACAAAUUGAAACUGGGAGAGAUCGUAACCACCAUCCCAACCAUUGGCUUUAAUGUGGAGACUGUGGAAUAUAAGAACAUUAGCUUCACUGUAUGGGAUGUGGGCGGUCAGGAUAAGAUCAGACCACUCUGGAGACACUACUUUCAAAAUACACAGGGGCUUAUCUUUGUGGUUGAUAGUAACGAUCGGGAGAGAGUUAACGAGGCAAGGGAGGAGUUAAUGAGGAUGCUUGCAGAGGACGAAUUGCGUGAUGCCGUUCUUCUUGUUUUUGCAAACAAACAGGAUCUGCCAAACGCUAUGAAUGCUGCUGAGAUCACAGACAAACUCGGCCUCCACUCGCUCCGCCAUCGCAACUGGUAUAUACAAGCGACCUGUGCGACCAGUGGUGAUGGUCUGUAUGAAGGGCUUGACUGGCUCGCCAAUCAGCUCAAGAAUAAGAAAUGAGGGGCGGGGUUUUCAUUACGUGGGCGUAUCUCACUUUGGGAAAGGUGUGGGACUAAUUUGGCCUUUGGAAUCGUUUUGUUUUGUUUUUCUUUGUUUAAUGUGGAAUAUUUUUUGUUUUAUUUUGGCAAAUAUGUGGUUUAUAGAGCCUUCCAUGCUCUGUAUGUAUGCACACACAGUUACGCGCACACAUGCACACCAACAUGUGUCUAAUUUCCUUUGUCGACUUCCAUUUUUACUGUAUGAUGAACCGUGUGAUUGUACAGUGGCAGUAUAAAGCAUCAAUGUUUUGUCAAUGUCUCUCUCCCUCACUCACUCAACUUCUUUCUGUAUUUACAAUCUGCGAUCAUUGGUGUCCUUGACUGCCACGAAAAAUAUUUUUUGAUAUGCAAUUCACUGUUCUCAUGUAUCAUGUAAUAUGCUCAUAUGUAUUUCCUUGUAUUGUCAGAACAACCUCUCUACGCUCUAUUUUCAGUAUAUGCAACAAUAAUGCAGUUUGCCUCCUCGCAUAUACAAUAUUCCACGUCUGUGAUUACGUUAGGUACCCUGCUGUGUAGUGUAUGGCUCUGUCUCUCAGUGUCAUGAUUAAGCGUUGUGGUGUAGUAGACAGUAGAACUGCAUGUGUGUUUUAGUCACACAGAGCUGCUCUGUGUUGCAUGCUGCUUUGUAGCUGUGCUGUAAUAGUAAGGACUCAGUGACUGGACACUGUAGAAUGAACCUUGUCUAAAAUCUGUUUCUGCAGAUAUCUCUUGCCUAAAUUGUGAACGUGGUGCCGUUGUUCCGUCCAUCGUAAACAUGCUUUACUAGAAAAGCUGUAAAUAAUGCUCAAGUUUUCAAUCAAAUGCCCUAUUAUUUCAUUAUAGAACUGGUUAAUUGUUGCAUGGGAAAAAUGGUAUUGUUGAGUCACACAAAAAUCGCUUGGAUGGUUAGCAUGCUGCACUGUCAGUCCGAUAGAUAGAUAGAUAGAUAGAUAGAUAGAUAGAUAGAUAGAUAGAUAGAUAGAUAGAUAGAUAGAUAGAUAGAUAGAUAGAUAGAUAGAUAGAUUGAUUAGCUGCAACCACUAAUUUGCCACUAAUAUUAGAUUAUUAUGAUGGUAAACUGUUGUUUUUUGUAUUCGCACUUUGACCAUUUUAGUUCAUACACGUGAACAGCAGAAAAACAGCACACAUACACUUGGACACAACACUCGGGUAAAUCAGUGGUCUAUGGCAAACUGCAUUAUUAUUAAUCUUUUUCUAUUUUCUAUGUAUUGCAUGAAGUUUUGGGGUGUUUAAUUCUCGUAAUGUGACGUUUUGUGGGUUCAGACAUGUCAACAUCUCACCCCAUUGAAUGUGAAUUUUGUUGAGUCUGUGCUGGUGUGCUGACCCAUUUUGGCUUUAUUUAUGCCUUUUUUAAUAAAUAGAGUUCAGAGAAAAAUGUAUGAAUAAUAUAUUUAGGAAAAUCUUGCUGCUUUUGUCCAUUAAUGUUGGAUUCUCUUAUUCUAUUUACAUACUAACGAUUCAGUUUAUAUCAAACCAUGAUAAUAUAUAUCAUGGACAAAUGUGAAAUCAAUCACUAACAUACUGUAUUUGACCAUACUAGCUCGUGUAAAUACAGCAAACAGAUUUAUCCUGCAUUGCUUAUGUGUUUGUAAUUCAUUUUUCACACAAGACUAAUACUAACUCUACUUCCUAGUCUGUUCUUUGUGUAAAGCAUUGUUCUUGCAUUGCUUUGCAUAUUAUUUUAAGCUAAAACUACCUACCACCACAACCUAAAAUGUGUGUAUAAAUGACAUUGACAAUGCAGACCAGUUUGAAGAUUCAGUAGUGUAGACUGCGAGUGAUGCAGGAAUGAGAGUUACCAAGACAACUUUGCUGAGCAAGACGCUUAAACUCUAAUUGUUCAGUUUGGCUAUGGCACACAAGUAUAGUUAGCUUAUCACCGUGCAGUUUGUCCACCAAUAUUAGAUCAGCAUCUAAUGUAAACCAACCUCAUGAAAAGUGGCUAAUUCGUAUGAAAUCGUAUAAGCUUGUUCAUAUGAAUUCGUACGAUUUGUUGAUGUGAAAAUACCAAGAAGUUUAAUGCAGAAGUAAGCGAAAGUUCCAUGUGUUCUUAAUUUUAUGCUCAUACCCAAACCCCAUAUCUAAACCUAACCAUAGAGUAGAGUCCCAAAGCAUAUUUUGUAGCAGAAAGAAUAUGAAUGACGCAAGAAAUUUACUGCCACGUUUUAGAAGGAGACAUGCAUGGGACUGUCUCCUGAUUGGCUGUUGUGAAAGUCGUACAAAUUCAUAUGAACCAGCUCGAAGAAUUUCAUACGAUUAAGCCACAUCUGUACGAUUUGAGCCUGAGAGUGUGUUAAUGUAAACAGUACAAGGCCAUUUAUACACAAAGCUCUUAGUCUACUGUGUGAAUUGUCCAGUCUGUUAAGUUUCGUGGCCUUAUCUUCUUACAAAAGUAUGUUUUCACAAGGUUAUUUAUUAACUAACUUAUUGGGUCACUAAGUUACUUUUUAGUUUUGAGUUGAUAUGGACACAAAAGGGGUUAUCUCAAAUAAUACACCAUUUUUGCUUGAUUUUGAAGGGGAAAAUGCAUUUAUUCUUUGCUUUAAAUCGUUUGUGUGCUUAUUGAAUAGCUAUAGGGUUGAUCUUUUAGAAUGUUUAAAAGUCUUAUUUUCCUCUUCUUCAAUAUUAUAUUUUUGUUUAUUCCAUUAUUUUGGUGAGUAUUCUGGUGAAUGUGUUUUUACCUCUGUGUGCUUAUGCUUUUUCUUAAUUUUUUACUGUUUUAGCUCAAUUAUUUUGAUGGAUUAUACCGUGUCUGUGAACAUAAUCAAUGAAGGGGAAAACAACUUCUCAUUGAAUAAAUACAUAAAAAUACAUAGAAAUCAUGGAAGAAAUGUGUAACUGUCUGUUACAGUGGAUGAAGAAAGAUUUUUGUCGAUUAUGAUGAUGUAGACACCAAAAUCUUUCUCUCACUAUACAAUUAUUUGACUGUAACACUACACUUGAAUAAAAACAUGGAA